GCGUCCUUUUUUCGUUUUAUAUUUUAUAUAUAUAUAUAUCCUACCUGCUGUUCAUUGAGCUCGUUUAUUCUGUUGUUGUGUUUCAUCGCUGCUCAUUACGUCGCCGUCCGCAUCCUUUGGGAGGGAGGCAAGGCAGAGGCAGCGAGGGCUGAACAGAGCAGCAGCAGCAGCAUCAACAACACCCGCUACGCGGGAGCGCGGUCAUCGCGUGGGCUUCAUCUUUCAACUUCGGUCUGCUUUGCGGCUUUAUAUAUAUAUAUAUAAACUCGAAUACUUCGUGUAUUUAUGUUUGUAUGUUUAUGUGUGUCUUUUCCUCGCUGUUGUCACUAUCAACUUAUAUUUUUAUUUGUAAUUUAAUUAAAGGACAACGUGUGCUUUCUGUUGUUGUUGCUCCUGUUGAUUGCCGCAACGAAGCACGAACCUUUUGUUUCUCCCUUUAGAACUGCUUCACAGUCAUCCAUCCGUCCGUGCUCUCCCUCCCCCUACGACACCUCUCAUGCUCUCACCCCCCUCCUUCGCGGGGGCGGCGGAGCACAGCAGCGACGACCACAACAUCGCCAUCGCUGCUGCCGCUUCGGGCACUUCCGACAAUCUGACGCUGCCGGUCAUCGUUCACUACCUUCGCCACGCUCGGCUGCCAUGCCGGCGUGUCCCCGGGCCACCGAUUGUCUCGUCCGCUGCUUCCUCCGCAGCUGCCACCGCCUCGGGCGCCACCUCAGCUUCUCAGGACAGUCGAAAUGCUUCUGUCACACGGCCUUUCGCUGGUCCUUCGGAGUCCCCGCCGCCCACUGAGGCCGCUCCAACAGCCACCUCAGCGUCACCUGCAGGGGCAUCGACUUGUACCCCCUCGCACCCCCAAGCCGGCAAGGCCGAGACGCCCCUCCACGCCGCCCAGCAAUUUCUCGCCUCCUCGGGGGCCUCGCUGAUGUCCUUGGCGAACUCAUCGUUCUACCUCACCCUGCGCAGCACUCUUGACGGCGGCCACACGGCGGCAAGCGGUGGCGGCGUGGAGGAGCUCGCGGACGCAGCUGAGGAAAACUUACUGACCUCCUCGUCGGCCACGGCAGCAUUGAAGGAGCGCUUUAACAGCGGCAAUGGCAGUAGCGUCGGUGGGAUUGACUGGAAGAAGCUGGUAUACGUCCGUCAGCAGUGCCGGUACACCGGAGAGGCCCUCGUGUCGCCGCCUCAGUCGUCCUCUACUGACGCAACAGGAAACGGGGUCGACACGAAGGAUCUACGGCCCACGACAGCGGCGGCAUCCUCUACCGCAGAAGCAGAGAAGUCCGUCGGCGCGCGCUUCAUGCAGUCUCUCCUGCACCCUUUCAUUCCAGCCGCCUCGUCGGCCACCGCAGCUGCCAACGGUUGUAGCGGCGACUCUCCCGAGAGGAACUCCGCUGUGAAAAGGAUGAGCGACGCAAGCCUCACGGUGCCACACGGUGAAGGGGUGAUGACGUAUGUACUGUACGCGAUGCCGAAGUCCGACUACAGCCCAGUCCCCACCGUCCCCGCAUCCACAGCGAACAAAGCGGUCGAGAAGGAUGCUCCAUCGGUCGCACCUUCUGCGCUGCCCUUCCUUCCACCGACUCUGAUCCCGACAGAGUUCUGCCCGGCCCUGUCCGAGUUGGACCAUCACCCGGCUGCUGAUGCUGCCGCUUCCUCCGCCACGGACCAGCCGGACCCAGCCAAGCUGCUUCUCCUGUCCUUGGUGGUGUACGAAGGCGCGUUUUUACAUGGGCAGCGCCACGGCCGCGGUCGGCUAACGGUGUAUAGUCGCUUUGUGCUGGAAUGUACGUGGGUGCACGAUAUACCUUGCGUGGAUAUCCCACGUCAGGUUGCGUCGUCCUCGUCGCAAUCGUCGACGGACGGGUCUGCUCUAGCGCCGCCCACGCUGCGUCGUAUUCACGCACACGUCUGCGACUCAGCCGGCACAACCGGAAAUCUCGCCGAUGCACGCGGCAUUAACAGAAGCGGCGGGGCAUCGCUCUCGUGGUCGAUCCGCACUUCUCAAGUGUACAUGGGCUCUCUCGUGUUGACUGCGUUGGCGACGAAACGACUUCUCGCAAAGCUAGAAGACGCAGGUCACGCUGCUCCUUCUCCUCCGCUGACGGUGAUGGAGGUGCACGGCGCGCACUACGCCCGUCUCGCCCUUCCCCCGCUCUCCACGCCGUCCUCGCAGGGGUGCGAUUUUGUUGCAGCCUCCCACGCCUUCAGUGGACUCGCCUGGGCGAAUCACGUGGUGCCGCUGCCCGACGGCUUCGGUGAAGCCCAGUAUUUCCACGAACGAGACGCGCCGUUGUCUCCGCCCCCAUCCCUUGUGUGUCCCGCCUUCGGCCUCUUCCAUCCACGACUGUGGGUGCCGGAGAGUCGACGCUUGCCGCGACCCCAGCAGCAACUGCAUCACACAUCGCUUUCCAGCUCCGCGCUGGACGCCGCUCUCUGCUCACUCUACUGUGGGGAGUGGGUCUCCGGGCUUCCCCACGGCUUCGGCGUGGAGCUGGAGCGCGUCACGGACCCGACGUGUGCACCGCUGGCCGUGUCCUGCACCGCCGCCGGUGCCGGGCCGCCGCAGUACCCGUGGCGUACCCUCUUUCUUGGCCAGCGUGUCCGCGGUGCGCGCUGUGGGCCGGGCACCUUCCACGGUCUGCAGGGCAGUGAGGCAACGGAAGUGGUUGUCUGCGGCACAUGGCCACGUACGGCUCUCCUCGCGAACAGUAGUGGUGGCAGCGCUAGCAGCCAUGGAUCACCGACACCCCAGCAGGAGUCGGCGAAUGUGGUGCUGCUGCCACCGUCACCCAGUCGUGGGCGUGGCCGUGGUGCCUCCUCCUCCUCUUCCUUCGUCACCCUGCAGGGUGCUCGAUGGGUAGAGGAGGAGGAAGACGGCGGCGGCGGAAGAGUUGGUGGACACGGGAGCCACAUGAACAGCUGCAGCAGCAACUACAGCGGCGGAGGUGGUGGCAUCUUUCCGUCGGCCACGCUAGGUCAGUCGCCCAACGCGCUGAGUGGCAUGUGGGAACCACUAUUUGGCGCCGUGGAUAGCGCGGUCUCGCAGCCCGCCGCUCCCUUGUUGCUGCUCAGGGGAUCGGACGGAACCGAUGACGCUGCCUCUGCGUCGUCGUCGUCGCUCAUUCUCUUCUCGAGAGAUGCCAUGUGGCAGCAGGCGCGACGCGUGAUGGACCGUCUUACGCAGUCGCCCGAGUGCGUGUCUGCCCUGCGCGGCUUUCGGGCGUGCUUUGCGUGCAUCUACGGCUGCGACGCCGCCGCCGUCGCUGCUACAGGAGGGGAGUUUGUUGCUGGGGCCGGGAGCAAUGACGACGGUGCACAUCAGAGUGCGACGACCUCAUCUUCGCCAAGCCACAGCAGCAAUACGGAUGGUCGAACGACGGAAGACAAGGGAGGAAAAGCUGUCGGGACGGCUGGGUCGAUGAAAGAAAUGUUAGCGCGACUGCAAAAAGCCACCGCCGCGGCGCCGGCAACAGGCGAUCUAGCGUUCGGUUAUCCCUGGUGCCCGCUGCACUCCUGGUGUGGUAUGGCCCGCCUCACCGCGCCCAGUGCAGACGCCGAAGGAGAGUUAUGUCACUUUGCUGCCUCCUCAUCAUUGCUUCAGAGAGAGCAGCACAACUGCCACACGGGCUGCCUGCAUACGCCGCUAAGCAACGGUGCUACACAUCGGCAACCCACAGCAGCACGAGCAACAACGCCGAUCAUCGGAAAGAUGAGAGACGCCUGUUGUGCACCGCGUCGGCCGCCGCUUUCGGCCGUCGCAGCCGCGCUCGAACCGCACGCCGCGGCGAACACCUUCGCCCACGCCAUGCACGCCGCAGCGGCGAUGGUGUCCUCGCUGCGCCUGCGCCUUCUGUCGUGCUUUGCGGCUUACCCGGAUCUGUGCGAGAUCGUCAUGAGCCACAGCGCUCAUGAUGACGGCAUUCUCGCCUAUUGCUGGGAUGUCGUCUUCGACUAUGUGGGCCCUGUAUUGUAUGAGAAGGCGACGGCGGUGGCGGUGGCGGAUGUGCGAAUGGUGUGGGACCUGCUCGGGUUGGAUCGGGUGGGGUUCAGCGGUCCGCAGAAGAAUGACGGCAAAGACGCUGCUGCGGAUGCCGCGGUCACACCAGAGGUGACGGUGCGUUCUGGCUGGCAGCCGGAGGGCAAGGAAAUGCUUCGUGACUAUCUGGUCGCUGUACGGCGCUGCCGUGCCCUGGGGAAGAGUGAUGUUGUGGACACUCUGUUUGCAUUUCCAAACGCUCGAGAGGAGGAGGAGGUGGCAGAGGCAGAUGAAUUUCAGCAGUGUUUAACGUCUCUCGAAGCCUGCCUCGGCCCACCAUCGCCGGUUGCGGCGUCAGUGACAAGCGGUCGCCGUCCCAGUCUGCAGGUCAUCAUGGACGCCCUCCAGAGACUGCAUGUUCUUCUGUAUGGGCCGGUGGCGUCGGAAAGCACGGGAGACGGCGGACAAGGAGGGCAAGGUGGCGUGCAGGUGACACCCCACGAAGCCGCGAACGCAGCGGCACAACGGCAACUCUUCACACCAUCACAACGAGAAGCCUUGUUACGGUGGCUCCUACUGGCUGCCUCAGAUCCAUCUUCGCACACGUCGUCCACACCCCGCAGGUCGGCUGCACGCACAGCGCAGCAUCAAGGGCAACCCUUUGCGCUGCUGUUGAUCGCCGCGUACGUGCUGGACUGCCGCAUCACGCCGCCAUACCCGGUCCGCCGCCUUCCUGGUCCGGACCAAACCUCGGAAUGUGUGAAGCCCGAGGACCUGUUACGCCUCCUGAAGGAGCUGGGCUACGCGGCGCGGCAGCUGCUGCAUACUUUUCCAUCUAUCCGCGCGCAGACGUUUGCACGGCCGCUUGUGUAUCCGCUGGAUGCGCUCUUCUUGAAGCUCGAGUACGUCCUCAGCCCCUGUGCGAUGUAUUUUUCCCUCUCGUCUCCGCCGACGGUGCCGGCUGUCUUCGAUCUUCCUACCUCUCCAUCGCCACCGAAGCAGUCGCCUCCUCCUCCUUUCUCGGAAGCAGCGCUGCAAGCCACCACCACCACCACCGCGUCCGGUGUCACUUGCGACUGUGCGAAAGGCGUCGUGGUUCGUGUCGAGCUGGAUCAGCUUCCCGUCGACGUCCUGCAAUGGUGCAACGAGGCGCUCACCGACGAGGUAACGGAGAGCCUGCUGCAAAGGCGGCUGCACUUUUACUGGAGUCGGUGGACGGUCGCGACUCCUCCCCUCGCCAACUCCGCCGACAAGGCCGAAGAGGGCUUGAAGAGAGACCCGCCUGCGCCGCCGUCGCCGCUGGUUCGUUGGGUGCUGGGGUGUCUGCGAAGUGCUCUCAACGGACCUGGCCGACAAGUCGCACCGCGCCAAUCGGAGCCGCUGCCUUCGCUCCUCCCACCGCCAUCCUCCGGCGGUGACUGCAUCUACACCUGGAAGAAGUUCAUCAACGCCGUUUUCUUUACCCAAGAGGAGAAGAAAGAGUGGGCCACAGCAGCAGCAACAGCAACAGCAGUCGUGAGUCCUUUAUCAAGGAGCGAUUACGUGUAUCUCGUAGCGCUGGCGUACGCACUGCGCGAGCUCAGUGGGGCUGAUCUCUCCUUUGCGGCGCAGUUCGUGCGACAAGACGAGGAAGAGGAAGAUGAGGAGGGUGAGGAAGCGGGGACCACGACGGCGGCGGAGUACGAUGAAAGCAUCGUGGGCAUCAGCGCCGAUGAGGGCAGCCACCGGCGGCCCAGAAAGUCGCGCCUGCGCUCCACCGAGUCGCGUAAAGGUCGGAAGAAAAACAUUUUUCUUAGCUCCUCCUCCUCCACCUCUUCCUCUUCUGCUUUGGCGGAUUCACCGAUGAUGGCGUCUCCCGCUGCGUCACCUCCGGUCGAGCCGCACGCAUCGCUGCCGCCCGAGUCUGCGGCAGAGACGGCGCAGCGGACACCCAGCUCGGUGGGCUUUCACACGCCAUCGCUCACGUCGUCUCCGCUGCCCCCGCACAGUGACUUCUCGGCGUCGGUCGUUGCGCGAAAUACGUCGUCACACGGCGUGGUGGGGCGGGUGCACCGCGUGAAACGGGGACCCUCCGCGGUGCUGUCGGAAAGCGCUGCCGCUGCUGUCGUCCCGCUGGGCAAGGAGUGGACGCUGACGGUGCGCGUUCGUCAGGAGGAGAAGGCAGAGUCACAGGAGGUCGCACUGCAACCGCGCGUCUUUGCGCACGGUCUUCUCGGGGAAGUGAUGGAGCGUGUCUGUGCUCUGGUGGAGCAUCGUAUUCAGGAGAGAAAGCCGGUGCCAGCUACCGUGGAGAGCGAGCCGCACCAGCUCAAGGCUCGUCCGAGAUGA